AUGUCCCUCCCGACGCAGCAGCGCGUGUGGGUCGUCGCGAACCCGCCCACCGGCCCCGUGCAGCCGGACACAUUCAAGAUUGAGACGCGCCCGCUCCCGGCGCUGGGCGACGACUCGGUCCUCCUCCGCGUCGACUACCUCUCGAACGACCCGACGCAGCGCAACUGGAUCGCGAAGGACACCGGCACCGUAAAGCAAGGCCAGGUGUUCCGGUCCAACGCGCUUGCAACCGUCCUCAAGUCCACCUCGGCCAAGUGGGCCGAAGGCCAGCUUGUGGUCGGAUACUUUGGGUGGGUCGACUACGCCGUCGUCCCCGCCUCGAGCGUUGCGGGCGAGGCGCGCCAGCUGCCCGGCCGCCCGGCGAUCGCGCUCGGCAUGCUCGGCUCGACGGGCGCGACCGCAUACCACGGCAUCAUGGAUGUGCUGGACGUGCAGCCCGAGCACACGGUCGUCGUCUCCGGCGCCGCGGGCGCGGUGGGGUCGACGGCGGUGCAGCUCGCGAAGAAGGUGCGCGGCGCGCGCGUCAUCGGCAUCGCGGGCGGCCCGGACAAGGUCAAGUUCGUCGAGAGCCUCGGCGCCGUCGGGGUCGACUACAAGUCGGCGACGUUCGCGGCGGACCUGCGCGCCGCCGUGGGACCGCACGGCGCGGACAGGUACUACGAGAACGUGGGGGGGCGGGUGCUCGACGCCAUGAUCCCCAAUAUGAAGGUGCACGGCAAGAUCGGGCUGUGCGGCCUCAUAUCGCAGUACAAUGGCGGGCCGACGGAGCUGUACAAUCUCCUUGAUUUGAUCAGCAAGCGGGUUGACAUGCAGGGGUUUAGCAUCGCCGACUUCCUCUCGCAGAUCGGCCGCGCGACGGGCGAGAUGGCACAGUGGGUCGAGGAGGGCAAGCUCUCGCCCGCCGCGGAGAACGUCGUGCCCACCCCGUUCGACAAGAUCCCCGUGACCUGGGCGACGCUGUUUUCGGGUACCAGCAAGCCUGGGAAGCUCAUCACGGCUGUGCAGCAUUAG